ACUCUAUAAUUAUAUGCUCAUUAUAUUAUGGUUUCACAUUUUAAUUAUCUUUGUGUUUAUUUAUGCAUUCAACUAUAAGGUCUAUUGCAUAUUUGCAUUCACACAUCUGUUUCCAUUUCCAGCUGUAUUUUUAUCUAAAUUUGAUCAAAGAUUAUACAGAAUAGAAGUGAUAUAGCAACAAGACCAUUAUGAGGUGUGGCUGCUUUGGAGCAUCUAGAACUAGAAAGAAGGAAAGGAAACCUUCUGAUUAUAUUUCUGGUGAAAUUGAAGGUUAUCCUUUAGAUAAUAUUAGGCAUUUUUCUGAUAAAGAAUUGAGCUUGGCAACUGAUAAUUAUCAUUUAGGCAAUAAGAUAGGAAGGGGAGGCUUUGGAACUGUUUACCAGGGAACAUUAAAAGAUGGAAGAAAGAUAGCAGUGAAGCCUCUUUCUGUUGGAUCAAAGCAGGGAGUUCGUGAAUUUUUGACUGAAAUUAAAACCUUAUCAAAUGUUAAACAUUCAAACCUUGUUGAAUUGGUUGGAUUCUGCAUUCAAGGACCUAAUCGUACAGUAGUCUAUGAGUAUGUUGAAAAUGGCAACCUUCAUACUGCAUUACUUGGAAAAAAGAGUUUAAGCGUCAAGAUGAAGUGGAGAGAAAGAUCAACUAUUUGCAUCGGUACCGCGAAGGGUCUUGCAUAUCUUCAUGAAGAGCUUACACAACAUAUUGUACAUAGAGACAUCAAAGCUAGCAAUGUACUACUUGACAAAGACUUUAAUCCCAAAAUAGGUGAUUUUGGGAUGGCCAAAUUAUUUCCAGAUGAUAUCACUCACAUCAGCACAAGAAUUGCCGGAACAACUGGUUAUUUGGCACCAGAAUAUGCAUUAGGUGGACAGUUAACCAAGAAGGCUGAUGUAUACAGUUUUGGAGUUCUUAUACUUGAAAUAAUAAGUGGUAAAAGCAGCUCAAGGACAAACUGGGAUGGAUCACAUAAAUCCCUUCUAGAAUGGGCAUGGCAACUUCAUGAAGAGGAGAAAUGGUUGGCGCUAGUAGAUCCGGAGAUGGAAGAAUUUCCUGAGAAAGAGGUAAUCAAGUACAUUAAGGUUGCCCUUUUCUGCACACAAGCUGCAGCAAGAAGAAGACCGUUGAUGACUCAGGUUGUGGAUAUGCUCUCAAAGGAAAUUCAGCUCAACGAUAAACAACUAACAGCACCAGGAUUGUUCAAUUAUGAUGCAGGAGAAACUUCUCAAAAGAAAUCAAAUCCUGAAUCUUUAGUUUAUCACACUAGUUCUACUCAGCCUAGUAUUACCGAGGUUACAGCUAGGUGAUGAUGCUUAUGUGUGAAUUGCAAAGUUGUAAGAUGAAAGAAAAAUGUAAUUAUUUUUUACAUAGAAAUUAGUAGAUUAGUCCAAGUGGUGGUGAGGAACUUGGUUCUCCUUGAUUAAGAUCUUGGAUUUGCCAUCUAUAAAUGAGUAAGAUAGAUGCACAGAGAGCUUUGCCAUCUAUACAGUGGACAAGUUCAUUCAGCUCGACUCGAAUUUGUCAAGGUGGUUUAACAUGACUUUUAGAUACUGAGGUCUAGACUCUAGAUCCAAAAAUUGAGAAGAUAGUUUACAUUGUAUUAAUCUGUUUUCUUUGAUAAAUCUUUGUAAUGCUAUGUUAUUUAUAUUAACUGAUAUAUCAAUGAGAAAAUAGACUAUCGAGUUGCUUUGA